CUCCUUACGUCACCAUUUAAUACAGGUCAGUGCUUCUCUCUUUUCUGUUACGGUCUUUGGAUCAGGACUCGCGUCACUGGAGCUGUUGUUGAAUUAAGACUGAUGUCCUUUUCAUCUCUGAAUAUACUGUAGAUCUGCGCUCAACAAUUUCUGCAACAUGGGGGUUGAAUGUUGGCAGAUGGAUGAGUGCAGUGAGAAGAAGAAAAUGUGGGCAAUCAUUUUCUCUGUAAUUGCCACUUCAAUCGUUGUGCUGAGUUUGACCUUUGGUGUUUACUUUGGACUGGUGAAGGAGACGACUUUCCCGCUGGACAUGGCACCAAAUUCUAUUGAUGACAAAUACGAUGGCUGCAGAGACGAAGCUUUUAAGAGGGUGGAUAGCUACUACCUCCCACAUGAGAAAAACACCACCACUAACUUCAGAAGAGCCUGGGACAUAGCAGAGAAACAUGCAUCCAUUCCAAAAGAUGGUCUGCAAAAAGUGCAUUCCAUCGCUAUGUAUUCGUACACAAAUAACAAACCCCAACCUCCAUCCGAGUCCAUCUUCAUAGACUUCAACGAAGCAGUUAGACAAGGCAGAUAUGGGUAUGGAACAUCAUUCCAGUACCAUUCCCUGCACUUCUAUCUGACUGACGCCAUUCAGAUUCUCAAACAAAGUCAAACAACAUGUACGACCACCUACCGUAGAACCAAGGUGUAUUUUGAUCGAAAUGUUCUAAACAAAGAGAUCCGUUUCGGAAUCUUCGCCUCCAGUUCUUUAAAUAAGUCAUUACAUAUGUUUGGCAACACGUCCUGCUUUGAGAUCAACACGUGUUUUGGUGCCAACCUGACAUAUUACUCUGCCUAUCUCAAUGAGAGUGAGGUUUUAAUCCCGUCCUAUGAGGUCUUUAGAGUCACUGCUGUCCAGACAAACACGUGGUGUGACGUCGUCUACACACUGAAUAGCACCGGAAUAUCGAAGAGCAACCUGAACUGCAGAUGGGUUUACAAUGGAGCAGAAUCAGAUCUGAGAAGCAGCUUUUAUACAUUCAUCAGAGCAUCAGAUACAGCCUACAUAAUACUCUUUAUUAUGUUGAUAAAUAUUGUAUUUCACUGAUCAUUCUGCCCUGAAACAAUGAUACAAUGAUACAAUGAGGAAUCUUAACCACUUUCCAUAUCACAGUUGUAAUGAUCCUGUUAAGAACAACUCUCUGUGCUUGUAUGAUUUUCUUUCCUGACAUUGUCAUUUCAUUUGGUUUUAAAAUAUCG